AUGGCCGCACCGAGCCCGGGGCCCCGCGAGGUCCUGGCCCCCUCCCCAGAGGCUGGACGCAGAGCAGCCACCUCGACCUCUGGCCGUCGUGGCCUCCUCUGGCGUCUUCGAGACAAGCAGGCUCGCCUUGGCCUGUUUGAGAUUGGCCCGGGGCAUGAGCUGCACCAGCUGACAUGCAUGAUGCAGACAGGGCUGUGGGCUGCCACCCAGGUCUCCAUGGACCACCCACGCACAGGACCGCCCACUGAGGAGGAUUUCUGCGAGGUCCUGACCCAGGUUCACGAGGGCUUCGAGCUGGGCACCCUGGCUGGCCCAGCCUUCGCCUGGCUGCGCCACUCCCUAGGCCUGGCCGAGGAGGACUAUCAGGCGGCGCUUGGCCCAGGUGGCCCCUACCUGCAGUUCCUCAGCACCUCCAAGAGCAAGGCCAGCUUCUUCCUGUCCCACGACCAGCGCUUCUUCCUGAAGACCCAGCGGCGUCGGGAGGUGCGGGCCCUGCUUGCCCACCUGCCCCGCUACGUGCAGCAUCUGCAGCGGCACCCGCACUCGCUACUUGCGCGGUUGCUGGGAGUGCACAGUCUGCGGGUGGCUCGGGGAAAGAAGGAAUUCUUCAUCAUCAUGCUGAGCGUCUUCUAUCCCGCCGGCCGCAUCUCUGAGAGGUAUGACAUAAAGGGCUGUGAGGUGAGCCGAUGGGUGGAGCCAGCCCCUGAGGAUAGCCCCGUUGUCCUGGUGCUGAAGGACCUCAACUUUCAAGGCAAGACCAUCGACCUGGGGCCCCAGCGGAGCUGGCUCCUCCACCAGAUGGAACUGGACACCGCCUUCCUCCGGGAACUCAACGUGCUCGAUUACAGCCUCCUGAUGGCCUUCCAGCGUCUCCAUGAGGAUGAGAGGGGCCCAGGCAGCAGUCUCAUCUUCCGCACGGUCAGGUCUGUGCAAGGGGUACAGAGCCCGGAGGAGCCGGGAUCGCAGAACCGCCGGCUGCUGCCCGACACCCCCAACGCCUUACACAUCCUGGACGGGCCGGAGCAACGCUAUUUCCUGGGCCUCGUGGAUCUCGCCACGGUGUACGGGCUCCGGAAGCGGCUGGAGCACCUAUGGAAGACGCUGCGCUACCCGGGCCGGACCUUCUCCACCGUCAGCCCCGCUCGCUACGCCCGUCGCCUCUGCCAGUGGGUGGAGGCACACACCGAGUGA